ACACAUUGCAACAGAUACACCGAGAUUUCUGGGAGUGGCGCAUGCGAGACUCUCCCCAAUUCAUGACGGCCACGGGAUAUAAUCAAUAUAACGACCUGCUGGAAUCUAUGAAUGUCAGCAUGUUUGCAAAACGCAAGGCGGCCGUCGAGGGAUUCGUUUCUCGCCUUGCGGAUUUGUCACCACAAAGCCUGUCUUACCGACAACGUGUAGAUUAUGACAUAUUAAAGGAUUAUCUGAACACUUUCCUCGCCGGGUACAGGUGGAAGGAUUUCCUUGCCCUGAACCCAAUAAGCUUUAUGGAGGGCAUGCAGACCAACCCUCAGGCCAUGGUAGACUCUGCACCAUUCCUCACACAUGGCGACUUCAUCAAUUACCUUACGAGACUUAAGAAUUUGCCGAUGAUGGUCGACGAAAUCAUUGAAAGAUUGAAAAAAGCAAUACAACUUAAACACACACAACACCGGACAUCUGUGGAAAAAGUGCCGGCUCAGAUUGAUGCCUUUUUAAAAUCAGAACCUACAGAUUUGAUAGUGUUUAAACCAUUUAAUGGGUCCUUAGAUGAAAUGACGCACAUCACAGACGAAACAAAAUUACACUGGAGAGAUCUCGCUAGAGCCUACUGCUCUGACAUCAUUGAAGCGUUUCUGAAGUUAAAGAGAUUUAUAUUGGACCAAUAUAUGGACAAUACGAGGACAAAUAUUGGAAUUGGUUCCUGGAGAGAAGGUAAGGAGCUGUACCGGGCGUGUCUCAAAUUCCAUCUGUCGGUGGACAUGACACCUGAGGAGGUAUAUAGGUUGGGACAGGACGAGGUGGCCAGGAUAAUGAAACGAAUGAAAAAGGUUAUGAAAAAGCUCCAAUACGAAGGAAGUGUGCGAGAAUUCUUCGACAUGGUGAAACUAAACAAAGGUGUGACACAUACAAAUGUCGAUGACGUUUUAAUUGAAUAUCGUUCAAUGUAUAAAUAUCGAAUCCAACCAGCGUUAUCAGAAUAUUUUGAAAAGUUACCAAAUGCACCUUUAAGGAUAGUGUCGCUGCCAUUUGAUGGCCCACAGGGUGUGUACAUGACCGGUUCGAUGGAUGGCGAGAGACCUGGGACAUUCUAUGUCAAUACAAAUCGACCUCAGUCACACGCCAUAUUUACUUUCAUGGCCCUGACUUUGCACGAAGCGGAGCCGGGACAUCACUUCCAGAUGAGUUAUGCGGCACAGUCAGAUAUUCCAAAAUAUAGACGGCAUUUGGAGAUCAGUAAAUAUUUCCAGGUGCCAUUCAACUUCCCGUUCUAUACUGCUUAUGUUGAGGGCUGGGGACUGUACGCUGAAUACCUUGGAGAGGAGUUGGGCUUGUAUCAAGAUGACCUUGAAAUGAUUGGACGAUACAACUUCGAGAUAUUCAGAGCAUGCCGACUUGUUGUAGAUACCGGAAUUCACUACUUCAACUGGUCAAAAGAAUAUGCAAUCAACUACCUGAUGAACCACACCACUCUACCCCUGGAGGCAAUAGAAACGGAAAUCGAUCGGUACAUCAUGUUACCAGGGCAGGCGUGUGCAUACAAGGUCGGCGAAAUCAAGAUACGAGAGAUGCGUGAUAGGGCGAGGCGGUUAUUAGGUAGUGCCUUUGACAUACGUAAGUUUCACACAGUGGUACUGGAGAAUGGACCGAUGCCGCUGAGAGUACUAGAACGCGUUGUGGACAAGUGGGUUAAGAUCACAAAGGAAACUGCUCAAAACGUUAUGUCCCAUACUGACUGUACUACUCAAAGCUCUUCCGUCCUCUCUAUACACCAUUCAUUGACGUUUAUCAUCGUUUUUAUUUUGUUGGUGUUUUAUUAAAAUAUAUUUCACUAAAA